AUGAGAUUUCUCUCAAUAAUUUCAGCUCUUUUAUCAGUGGCCUACUGUAUCGAAUGGAUUGGACAGGUGGGAAACUUAAUAUGUAACUGGGCUCAGCUUCGUGGUACGAUUGCCAUUAGUGUCUACGUUCCAUCGAGUCUCAGCUUGUUGACUAUAAUAAGCCAAUCUACUUCCAGCCAAUUUUCCAAUGGACAGAACGGUACAGUGCAGAAUGAUGGCAACUUUGAGGGAUCCCUGUUCCGACUUGAUCUUUCUCAAACGUUCAACACUAUUACGACAAAUCUUACAUCGCUAUUUUCCAGGGUUCCCCAAACCACAGUCUCAUCGUCUGAUUAUACCGACGGUGUAAUGUGGGCCGAUACUAAUGAACUUGUUCUAUAUGGGGGUCUUCUCCGUCCGUCGAAUAGCACGUCACAACCAGGAUCGCGAAGCCUUUACGGCUAUAGCAUAAAUUCAACAAGCAGCCUGCAUCAACCUGGAUUCUACUAUGCAGAGGUUCCAGACAACAUGACCAGAUAUGUUACAAACGGCGCAGGGGUAUCUGCCCCAAGUGAACGCUUAGGUUUUUACUUUGGCGGGAUGAGAGGUUAUGACUGGGGUCCCAUCUCAACGAUGAUGAACAAUAUGGAUUCUCGUUUUAUGCAAGAGGUUGCAAUCUAUGACAUUGCGAGCAAGAUUUGGUACUCACAAAAUACGACCGGCGAUAUACCAUCUGCCCGCGCUUUAUUCUGCUCCGUGUAUGCAUCUGCCGCUGAUAAUAGCUCACAUAAUAUUUAUAUUUAUGGCGGCUAUGAUGGCAAUGAUCUGGAACAUACCCCAUUUAAUGAUGUUUAUAUCCUUUCAUUGCCCACUUUUACAUGGACGCGCGCAUAUGUUGGAAGUGACAACGAUGGCCGCAGUGGCCAUCAAUGUAUCCGUGUGCUUCCUGACCAAAUGCUUGUUGUCGGAGGGGAAUUCAAGGAUCCAACCCACUGCUUACCCGUCUUGAGGAAUUUCAAUCUGAACACUCUAGAUUUCCAAAAUGAGUAUAUUCCAAGCGAGUACGCAAGUUAUGAGGUACCAUCGCCAGUUAUAGAGGUAAUCGGCGGGAAGUAA